AUGGAGUCCUCGUCGAGUCGCUACCCGCAAGAGCAAAGCCGUCGCUGCUCAUCCGCGUCGCUUCGCCACGUGCGCCACCGCUCCUCCAGCAGCAGUAGUCUCAGUGUCUCAGCCUGCAGUAUCAGCAGCACAGUGAGCAACUACCCGCCGUCGAGUGUGCAGCGGUUGUCUUAUUGUGGCGAUCAGUCUUAUGAGGAUUAUGAGGUGGUAUUUACCGAAGACAAAUUGGGGUUGACACUCAAGAGCCACGAGCAUAUCGACCCUUUGGGCCAUCGGAUUCCAGAGACCAUUGUCAAGUCCACGAUCUUCAGUGUCGGUCAAGUUUCGCACCCGAUUCGAGAAGGAGAUGCGCUGCAGUCAGUGAACGGAGAGAGUAUUACAAACUUGCAGUUUCAAGACGUCCUGCGCAUUUUAAAGAUUGCGCCACGCCCGAUUCGCCUGCGGUUUCGCACGAAAAUGGUAGUGCGUCGAGCGUCAGGCGCUGAGCAGCAAGAGGUGUCUGCUAGACGGUCUAGUUGGGGGAGUAUCGACAGCGAUUUUCGUGUACCCCUUGCGGCUGGAGCAUUUUUGUUUCCGGAGCGACCGGGUUUGGAAGAAGACCGGGAUGAUUCGGACAGCCAAGACGCCGUCGUGUCGGAAAGCUUUGGCGACGCGGAUAGUGCACGCUCUACAGAGAACAGCUCGGUGAUUACCGAGUUCGGAGACAUGAAUUUGACGUCGAGUCGACAGUCGUCACGUUUGGCUGCGUUUUUGCGCAAACCCUUUCGUCGUGACGACGGGUUCGAUGGCGCGUGGUGGGAACCACGUUUCAGCGCCGUGCCGACUUCUCCACGUACACAGAUUAUGCUCGAUUCGCCGUUGAAGGCUGCGAUCCAUGUACGCUGGUGUGUGCACGCGAAAGCCACGUCGUACCACGUACAGUUUUCCCGAGACUGGACGAUGAAAGUGUGGAAGAACUGGUCCGGUCGACCUGUGCUAGCAAGCGACAGCGACUGCGAAAUGGUGACAACAAUCUUUGGUCUCGACUAUUCGAAAAGCUACGUGACGCGUGUCCGUUAUGAGUUUAGCGGCGGUCCCGGUCCCGGGGAGUGGAGCACAUCCAGCGCGCCUGUUACAACAAUCAAUCACGUCGAUGCAAUGCACCAUCGAAUUGCUCGGUCGAGAGCCCGACGUGGAUGA